UAUAAGCAGAUUUAUCAUCCAUACAAGAGAAAACAGCAACCAUGAAAAAUGGCUGAGAGAGGAAGAAUGAUAUCUCUCUUGCUCUUGUGACUGGAAAUUUAUCUUGAGGUGCUAACUCAUCCAUACCCCAAAUGGUCUAUAUUAUCCUGCAAUGAUUUAUUAUCCUGAAGUAGUUUCUGAGUAUUUUUUGCAAAGUUAUAAUUCUCUUCUCCUACAAUAGCAGGAUCAAGCAUUCUUGGUUUAGAAUCGAGAAAAUCUCCGGCUGGAUAAAUAUUAACCUCAGUCAAAGCUCUUGACACAACAGUAGUAGCAUCAAGAUGUGCUAAUGUAGUAGCCGGAGCUGGAUCUGUAAUAUUGCCUUUUGGCACAUAGAUAGCUAGUACAGAUGUGAUAGAUUCUUUCUUAACAAUAACUAUUCUUUCUUGUAAUACACCUAAAUCUGAAGCUAAGGUUGGCUGGUAUCCUACUGCAGAUGGCAUAAAACCAAGCAAAGUUGGCACUUAUGAACAUUCCUGAUCGAAUCUGAAAAUAUUUUCAGAGUAAUUCAAGAUUAAAGACCAGCAAAUCCUAUCCUUCUUCAUCUCUGAAAUAUUCAGCUACAGUCCAGCCAAUCCACCCUGGUUUUGACACUAGAAUUUUCAUUCAUCUGUUCAUAUACAAGAGCUGCUUUUGAUUUAUCUCCUUCAAAAUCAAUUAUAUCAGACUCAAUCAUUUCAUGGCAAGAUCAUUACUCUCUCUAGUUCUUUCUCCUAUUCCAGAAAAUACCGAGAAACAACCAUGGCUCUUCUCAGCAUUUUUAAUAAACUUCAUGAUAAACACUGUUUUACCAACUCAUGCUCCUCCUAAAAUAACAUUUUAUAUCCUCUCGAGUAUGGAGUCAACAAAUCAACAAAAUUGAUUCCUUGCUAAAGGAUUUCUACCUCAGUACUCUGAUCUUCGAAGGAAGGAUCCUUCCUACGAAUUGGUAAGUAGUAAUCAAUAUCAAUUGGACCUCUCUUAUCGAUAGCUUGUUCAAUAUUUUUCAUGAUUCUUCCAAAUGUUGCUUUCCUACUGGCACUCUGAUUGGAUCUCCAGUGUUAACAACUUCAUAAUCUCUCACAAAUCCAUCGGUAGAGUCAAGAGCAAUGGUUCAGACGGUGUGCCCACCCAGAUGUGCGGACACUUCAAGUAC